CCAUGUGUCCUCUCUCUCUAGGUCUGACUGGGUGGAGAUCGUGGAGCCGCGCUCGAGGGAGCGCAUGUACGUCAACCUGCUGACCGGCGAGUGCGGGUGGGAACCGCCGCCAAGCGUCCCGGUCCGUCAGUCGGACGGCAACCAGUGGUGGGAGCUUUUUGACAGUAAUAACAAUCGGUUCUACUACUACAACUGUACAAGCCAGCAGACGGUCUGGCAUAGGCCUCAAGACUGUGACAUAGUGCCUCUAGCGCAACUCCAAGCCAUGAAGAGGAGCUCUGAGGACGAGCUGAGGGGGGGUCAAGAGAGGGUCCAGAGAGGACCGGCGGAUGGCAAGCGGACACCCCAACCUGGACUGGGGUCUUCUUCACUGGAGCAGGAGAGUGGGAUGGAGACGCCAUCGUCCAAGGAUAAAGGGGACAGUCUGGAGAGAAGGAACCAGGGAAAUAGAGACGCCACUCAAAGAUGGCAGCCUGCUCCUGGAUCCAAGGCUGCCAUGUUGGUGAAAGUUAACAGCAUUGGAAGAAACCAGUCUCUGGGUCCAGCUACUGCCCACCAAUUGCUCCACCUCAGCCCCACCAACACUAGCACUUCACCCAAACCAGGUUACACAGCGCAACUUGACAGAACCAGUCUGCUCAGCAAAAUGGCCGUUCCUGGAGACUCCAAGCUGGGUUACCACCUCAAAAGGGGGGAUGCCAACUUCUGUCUGGUUUUGCCCACUACUAGCUCUUCCUCUUACUCUGCCCACCAGCGCUCUGGUGCAGGUACACCUCGCCCCUCCUCUCCUCAAUACGGAGCUACACCAUCAGCACCUAUCUACGAUGAACCUCCACCCAUGGAUCCCCCCAUUUACGAUGAACCCCCAGUGGAAAUGGAAGUAGAAGGGGUGCACCACUUACACCGAGUUCCCUACUCCACCAGUCACAGCCUGCCGAGAGGAGCCCAGCCUCCUAAACUCCUCCAGUUCCCCCAUUCCAAACACAUCUGCAGCUCCUCAGCUAGUGAGUACAGUCCGGCCGGCAGGGAGUGCAUCAAACACAUGGUGAACGUGGAUGCAGCUGCAUCCAAGCAUCAGCCUCAGACAUCUAACACUAUUGAGGGGCCUUCAAAUACAGCCAGUCCUCAAAUCCAGCCACAGUCUCCAGUCUCUGCCCGGAUUAAGAAAGAAGUCUCUCUGGAGAAGAAGCAAUCAUGGAGGCUGUUGGAGCCCCGCCACAGCCGUCAAAGCAGUCUGGCCUCUCAGGAGUACCCAGGUCCUGCUGCCAUCACGUACCAGGACUCUGGCUACUCCACUGGGCCAUCCCCAAGUCUGAGAAGGAAGAACCGACGUCGUGCAGCUCUGGGCACUGGGUCGGGUCGACCCGGGUCGGUGGGCAGCAGUGGGGAGUUGAAUGCAUUGAAUGAGAAGCUGAUGGCGGAAAUGAGGGCGGUGGUAAACCGUUCCAAUGCACUACAUGGAAGCAAGGUUAGUCUAGACACUGAGAUGGGUUCAGAGGCCUCUGGAAGUACUGCCCGCUCCCUGGUCAGUUCAUUGAAGAUGGGGGCAAGAGGGGGUGAAUCGAGGGAGGAUGUGACAUCAAGUAACCGAUCACUGUAUAGGGGCGGGGGCAACAACCAGGGCGAUGUUGUGUUGUCGGCACUGGUGACAGAUGGGCUCGGAGGCCGGCAAAAAAGGACGUAUGAGAAAGUGGAUUCGCUGGAGAAAAGCGUAACAUCGCAGACCAGCUUGUCUUCCCCAGAACCACCAAGGUCACCUUCACAGACAGGAACACUGGAAUCCAAAACUCUGCAGGACAUCUCGCCCCAGGACUGUGACCAUGACAGAGCGGGUCACGGAACUGCCCACCUCACCCAUAAAAACAACAACAACAGUCCCCCUCCUUCCGUUGGCAGCACGGGUUCCGGUUACCAGUACCCGUACACCACCCUCUGCAAACCUACACCCGAUGCCAACAUGGAGGACUGGGCCAGCAAGAACCUUAACCAGCACACGCAGGGCUUAUUUCGCCGGCGCGUCUCCAUUGCUAAUAUGCUGUCGUGGAACCGUGGCUCCAUUAAGAAACCCAUGCUGAUCACCAGCGACCGGUCUGUCAAGAAGGAAGCCUGCGAGAUGUUCAAGCUGGUCCAGGCCUACAUGGGCGACAGGCCGGCCAGGUUUGACAAACGUCACGCAGCCCUUCAGGUGGUCACGAAGUGCUGGGGGAUGCAAGGCUUGAGGGACGAACUGUAUGUGCAGUUGGUGCGACAGACCACCGGAAACUUGAGUUUGAGGAGUUUGGAGGCAGGCUGGGAGUUGAUGGCCAUCAGCCUAGCGUUCUUCUCACCUUCGCCCAAGUUUAGGCUCUAUUUGGAAGGCUACAUCCAGCGACAUAUUGAGCCCAGUAGUGAUAAGAAAAUACUUCAGCACAUCAUGGAGCAGCAGGACUUAAAAAAUAAGAAGAAUUCAAAAUCCAUGAAGAAGAGGAGACAGAACAAUGAGGAAGAAGAGGAUGAGGGUCUUCCCAUCAGCACUUACGCAAAGUACUGCUACCGUAAGCUGCAAAAAGUGGCCAUUACUGGGGGCAAGAAGGGUCUGAAGAAGCCCACUCUGGAGGAGACUGAUCACAGUCGGAACGCCAUCGUGACCCCGUCUCUGUUCGGCAGCGCUCUGGAGGAGAUCAUGGAGAGGCAGAGUGAGCUCUUCCCCGAGAGGAAACUGCCCUGGGUGCAGGUGCAGCUCUCUCAGUAUGUACUGGCCCUGGGUGGAGCCCAGACGGAGGGCAUCUUCAGAGUACCGGGGGAUAUUGAUGAGGUGAAUGCACUUAAGCUACAGGUGGACCAGUGGAAACUUCCAGACAGCCUCUUUGAUCCCAAUGUCCCUGCGUCUCUGUUGAAGUUGUGGUACAGAGAGCUGGAGGAGCCGGUGAUUCCUCAGAGCUUCUAUAAGCAGUGCAUCAGUCACUAUGAAGAUCCUGAUGCAGCCAUCAGUGUGGUUCAGUCGCUCCCACAGCUCAACAGACUCGUGCUCUGCUACUUCAUCAACUUCUUACAGGUCUUUGCUCAGCCGGUGAAUGUGAGUAGGACUAAGAUGGAUGUGAAUAAUUUGGCGAUGGUCAUGGCUCCAAACUGCCUGCGCUGUCAGUCCGAUGAUCCUCGAAUCAUCUUUGAGAACACGCGGAAAGAGAUGUCCUUCCUCCGCAUACUCAUCGUCCACUUGGACACCAGCUUCAUCAAGGGCUUAAUCUGAGAGUCGCGGUUUAUUCGUUAUUUUGCGGCAUAGCUCCGAACUGAAUCUGAGUCAUUUGAGUGAAUCAUCCAGGAGAUGAUGGGAAUCAGGAUGUUCUUCCGCUCAGAGAAUCAUCUUUAAGCAUCAUAUUAUUAGUUCAGACAAUGUCUCUCUCAACUAAUCCAGCUUUGGCUCAAUGUGAAUCAUCUUGAACUUGACUCUUAGGACUCUUCUUGAAGCCAGACAUUAUUUGAACUGAAUCAAUUGACUCGAUUUGAUUCCACAACAAAACAAAUGCAUGAACGUUUGUCUUUUUGGGUUUGUUAUUUCUUCUGUCUUUUAUAUUGAUUAGCAGGGAAAUACAUCCUUUGGACAAUCACAAUCGUAAUAACACACAUGCAAUAUGACCUGCAGCGUUUUUCCUUAAUUUAAUAUGGUAUGAGUGUUCUGAUUAUUUAAUGCUCAAGUAUGAGUGCGGGGAGAAUUACUGGCUUCAGUUUUGUAUGCAAGGCUGAGUGUAAGAAAGAAAAGGUGAAUUAAUAUUGCAGAGCUGUGGACCACAAAGACAGCUCUGAAAUACUUAGCAUGGUGGUCAAAGCUUGAGGUCUGGUGCCUUACAUGAGAAUGAUCGCUGAUGUAUAAGAUGCACAAGUGCCCAUGUACAUAAACACACCCUCCGUGUUUCUGACUCCAACUGAACUGGUACCACAAGCAAUUUUCAAUCUGUCCCUCACAGUACUUUUCCCAGUCGUCCCAUUUGGAAAUAGAAAAUUUCACCUCCAGAUGUGGUUUGGCUACAUCAAAGAUGAUUAUGCAGAACUAAACUGUAGAAAACUGAACCAGGAACUGUUCCUCUCCCAAGAUAGCUACUGCUCACUGGCCCACUGAAAGUUGACUAGGUUUCAGUUGAUCCAGCAGCUCCAACAUCAGUGGAUGGCCAAGAAUGUUACGCUCAGAUUUGCCCAGGCUGAAUAAACCGUUUCAGAAGAGACUUAGGCCAGAACCAUACUCUACAUAUACUAAGUAUGCAAAUGCAAAAACACACCAAGACAUGCAUGCGGUCUUGUUGUACAAGUGUUUCUGGGCCACUAACAUUACCAAAAAGCAAUUACAAAAAAGUAAUGACUGUUU